AUGGGAGUCAUCCACAACACACAUCAACAGCUGGCGAUCGCCAUCACAUCUGGCCUCCUGUUCUUCACGACCGUGAUUGUCGGUAUACGACUUUACAUCCGAUGCAUUCUUUUGAAGGCAGGCUCCGCGGAAAUCAAUUCAGGCUUGGGGCGGCACAUCACGGACCUCACCAAAGAGGAAAUCCACAGUUUUGAAUUAUCGCUGUUCAUUGUAAUCCAGUUCUACAGCGUGGGCCUCAAUGUCGUCAAGAUCUCAUUUCUUAUUCAGUUUUAUCGCAUUUUCCCCGAUCGAAGGGUCCGACAAAUUUGCGUCUAUUUUGCGUUCUUCUCCUUCUUAUGGAUGAUUGGACAGAACAUCCUCUACGCGCUGAGUUGUGUUCCGACCACUGGCCUAGUGAACAAUCCGCACUUAAAGGAUAUCUGUGUUCCGACACUUCCAGUCUGGACCGCAAUUUCAUGUAUCAAUGUCGGCACGGACUUGAUCAUCUUCUCCAUCCCACUGAAACCUUUGUGGGAGAUGCCCCUGCUACGGCGCCAGAGAUACCUGCUCAUCGGCAUUUUCUGUUUCGGCUUCGUCGUCGUCAUAAUCUCGGUUGUGCGCAUCCCAACACUUCGCCACGGCGCCUCAUCACCGGAUCCGACAUUCACCAACGUCCAGACAGCUCUCUGGUCCCUCGCGGAGCUCGAGACAGCCAUCUUGUGCACCAGCCUGCCUAUUCUGAGACCGAUUGUCGCGCGCUUCAUGCGAGGGGUCGCGCCACCCGACGCGGCAGAUGAACAUAUGAAAGGCCCGCAUGGACAGGUCAUGAACGUCGAGGACGUCCGUCACGGACCCAGGCAGCUACCAGGGGAAUCUCUGCUCAUCCCUACUGCGAUGACUGGCUCGACGCUUAAAUCUUUGACACAACAAUUCAAGUCCAAGACCAGCACAAUUGGCGAGCAGGAAAUUAGCCUUCCGCCGUUGCCUUCUUCCACAGUAAAUGACGGGCCACCCCGAGAACCCGAGCCUGAGGAGUGGCCGGUUCCCGAUCCACUCGGCUCCAAACCUCUCGAACCUAUCAAGGACUUCGUUACACGGUCAUCUGUUGGGCCCUUGCGAUCACCUUCGUACGAGGAAAUGUUACCACCUCACUUCCUAGACAACGGAGCACCAAGGCCCAAGGCCAGGAUGAUCACGAGGGGCACCCAAACGAUGAUAACAUGGGACCCGCUCGUGGACCCAUUCCAGGUACCAGAAGCCAUCGAGGAACCUAGCUUGAAGGAGAUAGACCUCGAGGCGAACAAGGCUGGGGCGCGAGUGACUCAAGAGCGCGCGGAGACAAUCAGCGAAUCCAAGGAAACAAUUUCGCCCUUGCUGGCUGAUGCACGUGAUCGGAAUAGAGAGAAUACCGAUGCUCGCAGCCUGGCUAGUCGUUCGACACGAGGUAAUCGCAGGGCUGUUGGGAUGUCGUGGCUGAGGUUAUCGGGUGACUCUGGAUUCAAUAGUUCGCGAUACUGGGAGAGGUAG